GUGCGUCACAGGGGCCGCGCCGCCUCUAUAUGAGCCGAGUGAAUCUCUGACUCGUUCUUUUCCUCUCCCCACCCUCUGCCGGCGCUGAGCCUCCGAUAGACCGCUCCGGGACCGAGCCGCUCAGUACCCCGCCGCCAUGAUCAUCUACAAGGAUGUCAUCUCCCAGGAUGAGAUGUUCUCAGACAUCUACAAAAUCAAAGAAAGCUGUGGUGGACUUGUCUAUGAAGUUGAAGGCAAGAUGGUCUCUAGAACAGAAGGUUCAAUUGCUGAUGCUCUGAUUGGUGCCAAUGCAUCUUCUGAGUGCCCAGAUGAAGGGUCAGAUUCAACAACAGUCACAGGAGUUGAUAUAGUAUUAAAUCACAAGCUUCAGGAAACUGGCUUCACAAAGGAAUCUUACAAAUCUUAUAUUAAGGGUUACAUGAAACUAAUCAAAGCAAAGCUUGAGGAAACAAAUCCAAGCCGUGUUAAACCUUUCAUGACUGGUGCUGCAGAGCAAGUCAAACACAUUCUUACCAACUUUAAAAACUACCAGUUCUUUACAGGAGAAGGCAUGAACACAGAGGGCAUGGUGGCUCUGCUUGAUUUCCGUGAAGAUGGUAUUACUCCUUUCAUGAUCUUCUUCAAGGAUGGCCUGGAGCUAGAGAAAUGUUAACAAUCACAUCUUGGAUCGGAACUGGCUGCUGCUUCUCAUCUAUAAAUCACCUGGAUAACGCAAAGUCUUAAGACUCAAACUGGACUGAUAACAUUGAGCUUCAUGAUUUACUUUGGCCCUAAAUUAUUCCAGUGGAGGCACAUUUUUUACAUAUUCACACUUACGUUUAUAGUUGAAAUAAAGUCCAUCGUUCUCCAUUGUAGGUAAUGGCUCUUGGUUUCCUACAGUUCAUACCUGAUGUUGACUCUUGAGUGCAUUUGAGAGGACACAUAGCCUGUUUGCACAGAGGUAUUGUGCUUCAUGAACCGCUUUUGCCUGAACAUGCAAAGAAGUGGACAACCUGCUUAUCAAGUAAACCAGGGGAUACUCUGCUGCUGGCCCUUUGAAAAUUGCUCCUCCACUGCCAGAGGACCUUUCUGUUCUGUUGUAAGAACCUCUGGCUCUGAAGGGUUUAUGUUGGUUACACUUCAGUUGCCCUGCAUUGCUCAACAUUGGUUGUGUUGAAUGGGGAGAGUAUAAAUGACUGCUGCCUGCUCUGCACAGGCUUAUGAUCAUCCUUGAACUUUUUUAAAGUGUUGACUCUAAGAAAUAAACACAGUGAAAUUAUUGGUCCUGAUAA